AUGCUGGCCCUGCUGCUGCUGCCCCUGCUGUGGGAGGGGUCCCUGCAGGUGGACACAGAGCUCAAGGUACAAGUGCAGGAUUCGGUGACCGUGCAGGAGGGCCUCUCCAGCCUCAGGCUCAGCUGUGAGACCCAGAAUGACCACGGGGCCCAGAAUGGCACCAUCCUGCUGCUGCCAGGGAAAUCUGUCGUCGGGGUGGGAGCAGUGCCUGCGGCCCUUGCAGGUGCUGGCACCAUGGCCCUGUUCUCCGUCUGCCUGUGCCUCAUCUUCCUCUGCAUCGUGAAGGCCCAAAGGAAGCAAGCAGCUGGGAAACCAGAGCAAAGGGAUGAUGAAGACCCUGUUAUGGGUACAGUUGCCUGGGGUUCCAGGCAAAAGCCCUGUCCAGACAGCCCUCCAGACCAAGAGUCCCCUGUGAGGGACACCCACCCCUUGGGAGAGCAGGACCUCUAUUAUGCUUCUGUCAGCUUUCAAGAGAUGAAGGCCAGGGAGCCUCAGGACCAGAAGGCCACAUGCACCACAGAGUACUCAGAGAUCAAGCCAAGCAAUUGAGAACUCUCCCAGAACUCAAUCCCAGUUGGUGGGAGGAAAGGACCAGUGGGGUCCUGUGCCGAAGCACCCAGAGCCUUGUGACAAUAUUAACAGUAACUACUGUACAAGUGUUCCCAGGUAGAGUAGAAAGAGGAUGACAGAAUUAGAGAUACGGGCUCAAGCUCAGGCUCCAGUGUUCUCUACAGCAUUGUUAUCAACCAGCUCACCUCAUCUCUCUGAGCCUCAAUUUCCUGUUCUGUAACCAGAGAUUGUAUGUAUUACCUCAAAAGCUGUUGUGAAUAUUAAAGAA